AUGACUAUAGUCCACAAGAGCGUGCGUGUUUUAUGUAGGCUGUUUCCUAGACACAAAUAUGGCAAAAACUACACCCACCUGUCCCAGCCCCUGUACAGAGUUAACCAGCAAGGAGUCAGCCAGGAACAAAGAAAAUCUGGAGGGUGGGUUAUACCAGCCACUCUAGUAAUCUUAGGCCUAGGAUUUUCAAUGUUCUCAACUCAUCAGCUAGUAUCUGGCAGUGACUCUGUGAAGAUGCUGUCUUCAUUUUCCGGCAAGAAAUAG